AUGGAGGCAAUCGAAGUCAGAACCAGCAGAGAUAAUGAGCAUACGAGCCAGGAUGAUGUCCGUGCAAAUUACGGCGAAGGUAGAGAAACCCGUACGGCUCAAAGCAAGUAUAGUCUGUUGUCGGAGUCCAAAGACAGCAUUUCAGCAGCAGAACAUGCCAGAAUGGCCAUUCUAGCAAUACUGCAAUCCUACUUGCACAACUUGCGCAACGGCAAUCUUACAACUGGAGAAGAACUUGAUCCAGACGUGGCAGCUGCAUUGGAGGACUUACUUAGCAUCACAGCCGAUAACGUAUCAGGUCUUUGUGUCCUUGAUCGAUGCGGAUCCGACUUGGGAAACAGCGUAGAGCUAUGCGAGCUGAGCGACGAGGCAGGUGUCGUUCAAGAAAUCAAGAGGUAUAGCAGGGCGUUGAUGGAAAGCGGAGGUGAGAUUCCAGAUAGCGUACACGAUGCUGCGCAGUCUAUUAUUUGCUGGACUAUGUUGUGA